UCCUUUAUACCUAUAUUUCUAUUUUAUUUUUAUUUUUUAUAUCAUAUUGCCAUGUUCCUUUAUUUUUCUCUUUCCAUUCCUCACUGUCUUCUUCCUCUCACCGAGCCUCUGCGCCGAUCUCCCUCCACCACCAAUCAUCGCCGACGACAUCUCCCUCCACCACUAAACAACCAUCACCGCCUCUCACUACAAGAAAAAUAGAGAUUCAAACCUCAGAUUCUUCUUUGUUCUUUCGUUCGUUCAAUCGUCUUCACCCUAAGCUUCAAAUUCGUUAAAUCGUUUUCAUUCUCCUCAGAUUCGUUUGUUCAACUUCGAUUCAGAAUUGUUCAACCCUAGUUUCAUUUUGGGAAAAGCUUCGAUAUGUUCAACUUCAAUUAAGAAUCGUUCAAUCUCAAUUCACUUCAACUCUCAUUCAGAAUCAUUGUUCAACUUCGAUUCAGUUCAACUCUCAUUCAGAAUCGUUCAACCUCGAUUCGUUUUCUCUGCAAAGCUUCUUUUCAGAAUCUCUCAAGCUUCAAUUAAGUUUUGUUCAUCCUUCAAUUCAGAUUAUGAAUAAUUUGGUCGUGAUGAGUUUAGCUUCGAAAACAGAACCGUUGCUAAUGGUGUGGGGAAAGAAGUGCCCGUGCUUUCAAAGCCUGGUUCAAGCUCCACGACUAAGCUUCAUCAUAAAGUUGGAUCUCAAGGGUUCAUAAAUAUGAUGCCAAGUUUAAAUGGACAGAACAUCCCUACAAGCUGAUGUUUAUAUCUGGAACUAAGGUCUCCCCAUUGAAACUAUACCUGACAUGCCUCUAUGUGGAUUCAAAUUUAAAAAAAUUACUAAAAUCAUAUCUAGAAAUUUUAGGCAAGACCUAUUGAUUGGUGAUGUCCAUGAGCUUAGAUCUCCACAGACAACUAUGGGUGGAAAACUUAAGUUUCCAUUCACCAUUAAAGACUUGAGUGCAAAUGUUGUUGACUGUUGUCUAUGGGACAGCUUGGCUGCACACUUCAUUGAUUACUUGAAGAUUAGAACUGACUCUAGCCCUAUUGUUGUUAUUGUGAAACAUGCUCACCUAAAGCUUGCUGAAAAUAAUUAUCCGUUGCAAGUUACUAAUGCUUGGAAUGGAACUUUCUUGCUCAUUAAUGAUGACAUACCUCCUAUCAAUGACUUUAAAAACAGAUUGCCUGCUGACAACACAUUUGCAAUACAAAGUAACAUCAUUCAAUCCUCAGACCAAAUGAUUUCACAAAGUUCAUUUUCUGGUUCCAACCAAUCUCCAGAAGAAAAGUUCAUUUUGGGUCAUCCAGUCAUGAAAAUCAAAGACAUCAUCAAGCUUCCAAAGGACAAAAUAUGUGUCAUUGUUGGAACAACCUCACAUAUCUGAGUUUCUGCCAACGGUUGGUACUUUCCUGGUUACAAAGACUGUAUUAAACAAUGAUAUGGAUCCACACCACCAUUUAAAUGUAAGGAUGGCCACCCAACCGAUGAUCCAAUUCUAAGAUAUAAGAUCGAUAUUCAGAUCUUCGAUGGCGAUGAUUCAGGAAAGUAUAACUUUUGGGAUAGUAUAUUGGUCUAUUGGGUAAAUCGUCGCAGCUGAGGCAACAGAUGCUUGAUGAUAUCAUUAAAGAUGACGAUGAAAAGUUGAAUGAGCUGAGAAAAGAAGUGGGUGAAAACGCUUAUAAAUGCAGUGGUGGUAGCUUUAACGGAGAUUAAUGAAUAUAAUCCUAGUGGUCGAUAUGUAACCUAGGAAUUAUGUUUUCUUUGUUGAUUAUAGUUUUGGAUAUUUUUGAAUUAAUUUAGUAGUUUUGAUUAUGAAAAAAGAAGAAUUAAAAAAUCAGGAAAAGCUAUAAACUAACCAAAAA